CUCGCUACAGGCAGCCGGGAAAGGAUCGGGGUGGUGGCUCUUCUACGCUCCCUGGUUUUGUCUGCAAGGAAAACAGACUGUGGCUCGGUGGCUGUCCUCCAUCUCCCAGUCUCGGCAAAGCCCACGAAUACAGCCAGAGGAACCCUGAAAAAUCUGUCCCCCGUCCGCAGGCACUGCUGCAGCGCCCACCAGCGGUGCAGCCUGGGGGGUAUCACUCCAGCACGCGGAGGGUGGCAGCAGAGAUCCCUUUAAGGGGCGGGGCCAGUGCUUCCUCAGGACCGCCUCCUCCGAUUUGACUCAGCUUGCUCUACUGGCUCGCGCCUCCGCCAACCGCUUUUUCGUUUCCUUCCCGUCUCUUCCCGGGUGACCCCGGAAGUGGAAGUAGGCGUAGGUCGGCGGCCACGGCGGGGACGGAAGGCGGAAGCAGAGCGUGAGCGGGAGGCGGAGCCGGGGGAGCUGCUCUCGUAGCUCCCCCUGGCCCUAGGCCCAGCUGCUCGAGGGGGAGGAGUUACCGCCGCUCUUCGGGCAUCAGAACUUAUCAUGAUGGCUGUGACCUAAAAUCCUCAGGAAGCCCCGGGGUCAUGGCCCAGAAGCACCCCGGAGAAAGAGGGUUGUGUGGAGCCCACCACAGUGGUGGUGCCUCCUUCAGGACUUUAGGAUCCUCUGUGGACCCUGAAAUACUUUCAUUCUUAGGACUCAGGGACUCAGCGGGGCCUGCUCCUAAUGGUACCCGCUGCCUCACAGAGCAUUCUAGUCCUAAGUACACACAGCCCCCAAACCCAGCCCACUGGUCGGAUCCAAGCCAUGGCCCCCCAAGGGGUCCAGGACCCCCUAGGGAUGGAGAGGACCCUGACCAGAGUGAGGCAUCUUCAGAAGAAGAGUCAGGAGUGGACCAGGAACUCUCAAGAGAGAAUGAGGCUGGGUACCAGGAGGAUGGGAACCCUUCUUUUCUUUCCAUUCCAUCUGCUUGCAACUGCCAGGGAACCCCUGGAAUCACUGAAGGGCCUUACUCUGAGGGAGGAGAUGGCUCUUCUAGCAACUUUUGCCACCAUUGUACCUCUCCAGUUUUGGGGGAAGAUGAAGAGUUGGAAGAGGAAUAUGAUGAUGAGGAACCUCUUAAGUUCCCCAGUGAUUUUUCACGUGUGCCCAGUGCGAAGAAACCACCACCCCGGCGACAGCGGCACCGCAUUCCAGCCAAGGAGGAUACUCGGGAGGGUGGACGCAGAGAUCCCAGGUCCCCUGGCCGACAUCGUUUGGGCCGGAAAAGAAGUCAGGCAGAUAAGCGCAGAGGCCUGGGAUUAUGGGGAGCAGAGGAACUGUGUCAGCUUGGACAGGCAGGCUUCUGGGGGCUGAUUGAACUGCUGGUAUUGGUGGGAGAGUACGUGGAAACUUGUGGCCAUCUCAUCUAUGCAUGCAGGCAGCUGAAAGGCAGCGAUCUGGACCUUUUUCGAGUCUGGCUGGUAGUCUGGGCAGGGCGGCUGGGGGGCUGGGCCCAGGUGAUGUUCCAAUUUCUGAGCCAAGGAUGUUACUAUGGGGCAGGGCUGUUCACCCGUUUUCUUAGGCUACUGGGUGCUUUGCUGCUUCUGGCUCUGGCCCUCUUGUUGGGCUGUCUACAGUGGGGCUGGCGGUUUCUGGUGGGACUGGGUGACCGGUUAGGCUGGAGGGGUAAAGCCACUUGGCUCUUUUCUUGGCUGGAUUUUCCCACCUUGCAGCGUUGCCUGAUUCUGCUGAGAGAGAGCAGGCCAUGGCAGCAGUUGGUAAAAAUGUUUCAGUGGGGUUGGCUGGAGUUGCCUUGGGUCAAGCCAAGGACUAAUAGGCAGGGGAAUGCACCUGUAGCAGGUGGUCGCUACUGCCAGCCUGAGGAAGAAGUGGCUCGACUCUUGACCAUGGCUGGGGUUCCUGAGGAUGAGCUAAACCCUUUCCAUGUGUUGGGGGUUGAAGCCACAGCAUCAGAUGUUGAACUGAAGAAGGCCUAUAGGCAGUUGGCAGUGAUGGUUCAUCCUGACAAAAACCAUCAUCCCCGGGCAGAGGAGGCCUUCAAGGUUUUGCGGGCAGCUUGGGACAUUGUCAGCAACCCUGAAAGGCGGAAGGAAUAUGAAAUGAAACGAAUGGCAGAGAAUGAGCUGAGCCGUUCAGUGAAUGAGUUUCUGUCCAAGCUGCAGGAUGACCUCAAAGAGGCAAUGAAUACUAUGAUGUGCAGCCGAUGCCAGGGAAAGCAUAGGAGGUUUGAAAUGGACCGGGAACCUAGGAGUGCCAGAUACUGUGCUGAGUGUAAGAGGCUGCAUCCUGCUGAGGAAGGAGACUUUUGGGCAGAGUCAAGCAUGUUGGGCCUCAAGAUCACCUAUUUCGCACUGAUGGAUGGAAAGGUGUAUGACAUCACAGAGUGGGCUGGAUGCCAGCGUGUGGGAAUCUCCCCAGAUACCCACAGAGUCCCCUAUCACAUCUCAUUUGGUUCUCGGAUUCCAGGCACCAGUGGGCGGCAGAGAGCAACCCCAGAUGCCCCUCCUGCUGACCUUCAGGAUUUCUUGAGCCGGAUCUUUCAAGUACCCCCAGGCCAGAUGUCCAAUGGGAACUUCUUUGCAGCUCCUCAGCCUGGCCCUGGGGCCACUGCAGCCUCUAAGCCCAACAGCACAGUACCCAAGGGAGAAGCCAAACCGAAGCGGCGGAAGAAAGUGAGGAGGCCCUUCCAACGUUGACACCCCUUCUCUUCUUUCCUCAGAUCAAUGUCAGGGAGUCAAAAGGGCUGUGUAUAGCACAGGAUGGAGUUUUGACUUGUUUAUUUUUAAAUAUUUAAAAAAGGGAAAAUUUUAAGCCCAAAUUGUUCACUCAGUACUUGUAGGAAGCCCCGGAACCACUCUCCCUCCUCCACCAGCACCUAGGAACUGAAUCUUGUCUUCUGACAAUACCAAAGAAAUAGGGGGUGGCUAGAGCAAAGAACCUAGAGCCGGACAUGGGCUGGACAAUAUCUCCCAUGGUAGUGUGUGAACUGGUAUUUCCCCGGGGUCUGUAUGCCUUUGUCUUUUGCUUCUAGAGCAGAUGACACUUCCCCCCCCUUUUUAAACUACGAGUCUAUCUUAUAAUUUCUUGACCCAUUUCAGGAGGGAGCCCCCUCCUUUACCCCAACGUACUAGUUAAAAGAGAACAAGAAAGCAUGUAGCCCUAAUUAUAGGAGAUUAUACAUAAGAGUUCAGAGAGUGGAAACUUUCAGUUUUUCCUCUGACAUUCACCUGUGGGUAAUCUCACCCAACUUCAUGCUUGUUGCUGCAGGGAUGGCCAAAACUAAUAAUUUUUAAAAAAGCAGACUCAUGUCCUCUGCCCUUGGGUGAGGGGGAAGGAUAAAGGGGCUCCCAGAAGCCCCCUUAUGAUCCAAGGGUUUGUAUUUUUUUAAGUUUGUUCAUAUUUGUAUGUACAUAUCUAUUUAAAGCCAGGGGAUUAUCUUUCUAUAAAUACAUAACUGGCAACCUGUA